GACAGGAAUGGUCUGUGGAAUAUUGAGAACAGUUAUGAAGACAUUAUUGAGAAGACGUUAUUGCGUUUCCAUGCAUAUCAUCUGACUAUUUACUACCCAAUAAUAUGAGCUGGGUGUAAAAAAGUAUUAUUUGAAAGUUACAAAAUACAACUUAAAGAAAGUAGAUAUUCGAAACAUCAUCUUAUCUCAUCAGUAUGGCUUUAAAUAGCAAAGGGGAGAGUGCCAUUUCUAUAGACAGUGAUAAGGAUGAAAAACAUGAUAAUGCUUAUGAUGAUAAUAUUGGUGACAGUGUAAAUAUUGAUCAUAAUGUGGAUUACACCAUCAAGGCAGAUAAUGUGGAAGAUGAUAUAAUUGAUAACACCAUCAAAGCUGAUAAUAUUGAAGAUAAUACUAUUCAUAACGUCACCAAAGCUGCUAAUGUAAAAGAUGAUGCUAGUGAUGAGACCAUCAAACCUGAUAAUGUGGAAGAUGAUAUAAUUGAUAACACCAUCAAAGCUGAUAAUGUGGAAGAUGAUACUAUUCAUAACGCCACCAAAGCUGAUAAUGUAAAAGAUGAUGCUAGUGAUGAGACCAUCAAACCUGAUAAUGUGGAAGAUGAUAUAAUUGAUAACACCAUCAAAGCUGAUAAUGUGGAAGAUGAUACUAUUCAUAACGCCACCAAAGCUGCUAAUGUAAAAGAUGAUGCUAGUGAUGAGACCAUCAAACCUGAUAAUGUGGAAGAUGAUAUAAUUGAUAACACCAUCAAAGCUGAUAAUGUGGAAGAUGAUACUAUUCAUAACGCCACCAAAGCUGAUAAUGUAAAAGAUGAUGCUAGUGAUGAGACCAUCAAACCUGAUAACAUUGAAGAUGAAACUGAUGGUGAUAUCAUCAGAUGUGAUAAUGUUGAAGAUGAUCACAUCAAAGAUCCUGUUCAAGAUAAUCAUGUUGAUCAAGUGACUCAGUUGGGCAGUAUAACACAGUCUAACAAUAUGUCUGAGACAGAAAAUGCAACAUUGGAAAUUAAAACAAUGGACAAUGCAGUACUAUUGGAAUCACAUAAGGAAAGUUUAACCAAAGUAGAUAGUGUAGUAUCAUUAAGCAAUACCCAAUCAGAGAGUCUAGCACAGGCAGAUAAUGUUAUACUGAUAGAUGAUACUGAUGCCUCUACUGCACAGACAUCAGGUCUUGGAGAUGAAGACAUAAAUAAUGAUAGCAUAAAAUAUUAUAGUGGUGAGAAUAAAUCCAAUAAAAGUACACAACAUGUUAGACAGUAUCUUGGGAUAGACAAUCUAAGAAGUCAGUUAAAGGAGGCGAUAGAAUACAGUAAUGUUAGUAGGGUAGAAGAAGUCUUGGAGGUUUGUACAAGCCAACGUCAUGUCUCCACAGCUGUACAACACUUAUCAUGCAGCUUCCUCAAUCAUACAUUAGAUGCUGAUGUCCUGAAAGUGCUUUUGGAUUACACUUGUACACAUCAUGGACAGGGUGCUAAGGGCCUAAUGGCAUUGUGUUUUGCCUGCUUAUAUGGCAAGCCUGACUGUGUAUAUACUUUGUUGAAGUUUGGUGUCGAUCCUAUGCAGUUCAGAAUGUACAAUGUUGAGUGCCCUCUAUUGACAGUGCUCAAGUUGUGUAAAAAGAAUCCCGAGAUCAAACCAGAAUGGAUUACGAUAAUCCGCUUGUUAAUUGAAGUUGGAAUGUGUGACGUAAAUCAUAUUGCGUUUGGAAUGACUGGUCAAUUUAUUCACAUGGCUGCAAGUUUGGAUUGUCCAGAGAUAUUAGAACUAUUUAUUGAGAAUGGUGCAGACAUUGAUAGCAUUAAUGAAGAAAAUAAACUUCCCAUACACUUAGCAGUCAUAUCAGGCAAAAUUGAGAACAUUCGUUUAUUGCUACGUCAUGGUGCAGACAUCAAUGUUGAGACAUCCAGUGGACUAACAUGCUUGACUUUAGCAUUCUUGUUUAAGCAAUUUAACAUCCUUGAAUUCUUAUUGGAUCAGGGGGCAAAUCCAGAUUGUAUUGAUAUAGAUGGAAUUUCUCCAUUUCACCUAGCUCUGGAUGAUGAUCAUCUGAUUGAUAAAGUUCUCCCCAAAAUGUUAGAAAUCAGCCGAAAAAAUGGUGGUGUUGGAAUAAAUGUUCAGUGCACGUGGACUGGGGAGUCCCUGCUAAUGUGUGCAGUACAGAAGAGUUGUAAAGCUGUGCAGUUUCUAUUGGAAAACAAUGUUGAUCUCAAUACUGAAGCAAGACUAGGACAAACCGCAAUAUGGUUUGCAGUAAAAACGAACAACAUUGCUGCAUGUAGGUCGCUUAUAAAUGUGAAUGCCAACCUAAACAUCAUCUGUAAUGCUAAACAUCUAUAUAAUCCACAGACACCCAUACAGUUGGCUGUUGAACAAGGAGAGUGGCAGAUAUGUAGGAUGUUAAUCCAAGGGGGCUGCCGCUUGGACUCAUACCGUUACAAUAACCCUAAUCGUCUACCAGCCUCCUUGGAAAACAACAAAGACAUGCUGGAUUAUAUUAAGGGUUGUAUAAACACAGUGCAAUCUUUAGGCCGGUUGACAAAGCUCGCAAUCAGACAACACCUUGGGUCCUAUGUUGAAAAGAAACUAGAGAACUUGCCAUACCCAAAAUCAUUAAAAGACUACAUUAUUAAUGUGGCUGAUGUGGAUGACUUUUAGUGACCAGGCCAUACAUAUGCAGUGUAUUAUCACGGGCUUUCAACUGGAUUGUAUAUGCCUACAGCAGUUUAAUAAGAAUGUUUAAAAACAACAACAAGCAAAAUUAUUAGAUAGCUGUUGCAAUUUUAACAUUAAAACAGUCACAAAAUCCCUCAAAUCCAUUAGGCCUAGCAAUUUUGGCUACAAAGUGUGAUAAAAUCCCUGAUUUGUUGGCCUGCUGCAAUUGAAACCUCACAUAGCAUUAACUCUGAUAUUAUUAGAACUGUUGAUCUUAAUCUGUCUCCAUGCAGUCCAUGAUAUACUUACAAAUUGUUUUGGUACUUACAUGUAAAGGUUAUAUGAACUAUCAAUAAAACUGAUUGUACACAAAAGUAAGAAAUGGAUUUAUUAAGAGUUAAU